AUGAACAUUGCCUGCCACGCACCGUUUGAUGCCAAUUGGAAGGUCACGGUCGGUGUCCUGAACGACGAUGAUGGAAGCAAGGCCGCGAGUUCCAAGCCGCAGAAGACGCGACAAAGCAGCAGUGCCCCAGCAUCAAAGCCUUGCGACGCACCGUCACACGCAGAGCCAUCAUCAGAAACGCCUCUCGGCACAAGCAACGGGCAGACUGACGAGAUUUCCCCGGCACAGUUGCCGACUUGGUCGGUUGAGCAAGAGGUACAUCACGGCCAGGAUGUAGAAGUCACCAGCAGGCCAACGCCCUCCAUUGCCUACGACACUACGGGCAUACUCCCGUGGAACAGCACCUGGGACUUUGACUUUUCUCUUGAUCCGUGGCUUGACUGCGCCACGCCCUUUACCGCUCUCGAAACUUGGGACAUGGACAUGGCACAGGCGGCGGCGACUGAGGUGUCACUGUCCACGCCGACUCUGCCAAUCUCGUACUUGAGCUCGCAACACAGCCGUUCGACAGCGCCUCCCUUAGACGACGCAGGGGUCGUUAAUCGACAAACGAAGUGCCUGAAACACAGCACAUCGCUAGAUGAUGAACUUACACACGAGCAAAGCAUCAACUGGGACGACUUCUUCUUUCAACACUACGAGCACUGCAUCAGCGGCUGGGCUUACUCCCUGAAAGACGACGGCAAGGGCAACUAUCUCCGCUUCGUCCUAGACUUCAUACGAGGACCCAACGUUCACGCCGAGUCGCCCUUCAGGCUUGCCGUCCUGGCGUGGACGGCGAAGCACUGGGCCGUGGCGUGCCAACCGGGCGAUGAUACCUGGCGGCAGUAUUACUCCCGCGCGACGGCGGCACUGCAAAGGCUAGACGCCCAGGGUCCGACCGAUUCGCCGGAAACAUGUUCUUCAGGGCAGCGGGUGAUGGCAUCCGCUUCCGAGGUCGCCAUAUGCACUGGCCUGUUCCUCUGUCGUUGCGACGUGCUCAACGACGACCUCGGCUCCAUCCUGAACUACCUCGAGACGCUGAAGCUGCGGCUAGACGCCGACCUUGACGGCGUAGAGCUCUCUGCAUUUGCCAGUCAAAUCCUUCUCUGGCUCGGCUAUCUCCACGUCCGGGUGUCCAUCUUCGCCUCCCCCUGUCCGGCGCCGACAACCACCAACAACAUCACCGCCGUAUCGACGACCCUCCUCGACGCCAUCGCUAGCCACCCGAGCUACCAGCAGAUUCUCGAUCGGUCCCAGACAUAUUUAUCUGAAAUAUUCGGCGACUCGUAUCCACCAGAGGAGCUACUUCACGACGCAGAAAAGGCCCCGGUGGCGGUGCGAACCCACGAGACCUUUUGUCUCAUCGCCAACAUGUUGCGCUAUCGUUCGUGGAAGCGCCUCGUCGUGCAGCACGGCGGCGGCGACGAGUCUGCGCAGCUCGAGCUGGACAACGCCAAGGUCGAGGCAAUCGACGCGGACAUGAGGAGAAUGGACGUCGAGUUUGGGCUCGCCAUGGCGACGAAUCCAUCCGCUGCCGUGUUGCGGCGGAUAUGCUUCCAGCAGCUCGCCGUACCACCGACGCGGCCAGGCGCUCAUGCAACGAGAUUCCAUAACCUCCGAUCAAGCACGUCGCCAGCUUCCGGCAUCGCACUCGCCAAUAUGCAUCUCGUAAGCUCUCCGGGCUCCACGGGCGUGACUCCGCCGCUGGCGCGGGAAACCACGCUCCACGACGACGCACCACCAUUACCCCCAGAUAGCUCCCUUUUGAACCGCGCGUCAUCCCAGUGGCUGGCUUGUUACGCCGUCUUCCUUACGGCCAAGAUCCUCUGGUCUCGGCUCCUUCAUCCAACCCUGCGCAGCGAAGCGUCCGCCGUCGCCGCCGUGAGGUCCAUCCUGGACAUUGCCCUGCACCUGCGGCGGGCGGCGGCGGCGCACGAGUCCUCGAGCCCGACGGGCACGUCGUGGCCGCACAAGAUGCCGCGGUCGAUGCUCUGGCCGCUGCCGCUGUUCGUCGCCGGCGUGGAGACCACCGACGAGGUCCACGCGGACUGGAUACGCGGCUUCAUGGACGAGGUCACCGCGUCGUGGGGCGGCGAGGUGGCCAUGUCGGCCAAGGAGGGGCGGGAGGCGCAAGGGGGUGUUGGGGGCGUCGGUCGGCGGCAGCAAGGCGAUGGGAUGAUGAUGAGUGGCGCGAACCGCGUUCAGACGCUGAUGGGGAGGGUUCGCCGGCUGCAGGACCGGCUGGGCUGCCGAGUGGACAUUGAGGGUGUGGUGAAGGAGAUGGGUGCUGGUGAAGGCGGCAGAGGGUUCAUAUUGUAG